AUGGCCAUAAUUUAUGAAAGUCAUAAAAGGAGCAAGAAGAAGGCAACACUCUUUGACAGCCAGGCUCCUAUCUGCCCUAUUUGUCAGGUUUUGCUUCGCCCAGGUGAGCUGCAGGAGCAUAUGGAGCAGGAGCUGGAGAAGUUAACACAGCUGAAUAUCAGUAAGAAUGCUUUACUGAAGGAUGUCAUGACGCCAGGCACUCCCAAGUCGAUUUUGUUGUCAGCCUCUAUCAAGCGGGAAGGAGAUUCUCCAACAGUAUCACCCCAUUCCUCAGAUGAUAUUCAUCACUCUGACAGAUACCAGACUUUUUUGCGAGUAAGGGCAAACAGACAGACCCGGCUGAAUGCUCGGAUUGGAAAAAUGAAAAGGAGGAAGCAAGACGAAGGGCAGAGGGAGGGGUCAUGCAUGUUGGAGGAUGACCCUGUUGACAUUGAGAAUGAGAAUGGUAAUCGCUUUGAGGAAUAUGAAUGGUGCGGGCAGAAGAGAAUACGUGCUACCACCCUCCUGGAAGGGGGCUUCAGAGGAUCUGGGUUUGUCAUGUGCAGUGGCAAAGAGAAUCCGGACAGUGAUGCUGACCUUGAUGUGGAUGGUGAUGACACAUUGGAAUAUGGAAAACCACAAUACACUGAAGCAGAUAUCAUUCCAUGCACUGGGGAAGAACCAGGUGAAGCCAAAGAGAGAGAGGCACUCCGAGGUGCAGUCCUAAAUGGUGGCACUCCUAGUACCCGAAUAACACCAGAAUUCUCUAAAUGGGCAAGUGAUGAAAUGCCAUCAACAAGUAACGGGGAGUGUAGUAAGCAAGAGCCUGCACAAAAGACUUGCAAAAACAGUGACAUAGAGAAGAUUACAGAAGACUCGGCAGUGACAACAUUUGAGGCGCUAAAGGCUCGCGUCCGUGAAUUAGAAAGGCAGCUCUCCCGUGGGGACCGCUAUAAAUGUCUCAUUUGCAUGGACUCUUAUACAAUGCCCCUGACCUCCAUCCAGUGCUGGCAUGUGCACUGUGAGGAAUGCUGGCUGCGGACUCUGGGUGCCAAGAAGUUAUGCCCUCAGUGCAAUACCAUCACCUCACCAGGAGACCUCAGGCGCAUUUACUUAUGAAAAAGACGGCUGCUGAGAUACUUGAACUAUGGGGACUUGGGAGAAGGAGUGGCAGCAACCCAGACACUUGAAAUGAAAGACUCCAAAAGUGGACUAGAGGCUAAGGGAGCCGCACGAUGCCUCUGCUUCCGAACCUGUCACUGGUGCUGCCCACUCCACAAGAAGGCCAAACCAGAAUCCUAAUUGUGAUUCGUUUUUCCUUUUUUACAAACUGCUGUUCCAUGUCUGUCCCGUCUCUCCAAGAGUUGGGGUUCCAUCGUGGACAACUUGCAAGACCUUUCAGGGAAGCAUGAGAAGGUGCUGGAUCUUCCACCGCAGGAAAUGUCCAAGCCUGUAAUCUAGUCUCCUUCCCACCCUCUUUUUAUUUGUGGUGUUCUAGUGGAUUUUUUUAAUAAAAGAAAAAACUUAUACCUUCACAUCCACAAAGGCAGAAUGAAGCACAUGUAAUAUAGACUAUAUGUUUACAAUGUUGUGUAUAAAUGGGAUAGACUCCAACGUUACAUACUAAUGUUUUCCUUUUUAUUUUUUCCGGGGGUGUGUGUGACUUUUUUUAAAAAAAAGAAGAGAAAAAAUAAGCAGAGAACAUUAAACCCAUAUUUUUCUUGGUUCUGCAGAGUUUUUGCAUUAAAGUCAUUAGUUUAAAAAAAGUAUAUAAAUAUAUAUUAUACAUAUAUAUAUAAUAUAAAUGGUUUAAUGUUCUGUGGUGUACAUUUCCUCAUUCAGAUAUAAAAUUAACAAUUUGUAGUUUCGGCCAUAACUUACAUGACUUCUGGGGAAAAUAGAAAAAAAACAGAUUUUCUUUCAUUUGUUACAGUUAAGUGGGCUAUUUAUAUAAAAUACUUGCUUCACGAAAAACCCUUUUCCAUUUUUUCACUUGGGAAAACAAAAAUGUGCAAGCUUACCCCAUUCCCUGUGAACAAAGUCAUAGCAGGCAUCAGUAGACUUUUCAGGCACUAAAUAUUCUUAUGCAAACCUCUAUGGUGGCACUAGCACCAAAAUAUUUUUUUAAAAAACAUGUCUGAAAUCUUGUAAAGUUUUGGCAAUCAUAUAAUGUUUCAGCCAUGUUUUAAUUUUUGGGUUCGAGGUGUGCCACCUAGGAGUGUUGCAACUGCCUUAGUAACAAAGGACAUCAUUAGUGGUGAACUCUGAUAGGCACUCACACAAAGCAGAAAACAGUGAUUUUUGUCUAUUAUAGAUGGAAUUGUUAGCGUAGCUGUGUUCAGGCCAAUUAGUCUUGUGAAAGCUAAAGCUAUCUUUUGUCCAAAUGUAAGUGUAUUCAUCAACCUGCAACCUUACUAGAAUUAAAUUUGAACAGUGCCCCAAAAUAAAUGCAGAAAAGCACCUAAUGUUCUUUCAUGCCUCUGGCAGAAUCUUUAGCAUUGUGCUUUGAUAUGUUCCCAGGUCCAGCUACUGGCAGUCUUUUCUACUCUGGAAUAUUUUUCUUAACAGCUGUUUCAUCUAAUUUUCAGAUGUUCAUGUUUCAUUUUGAAAAGGAAAUAGGUAUGUGCCAGUUUUGCUUCCUUCUUUUGUCACUUCUGCUUGGGCUGUGGUAAUGGUGGAAUGUAAUCUGGGUUUGUUCAAAAUUAGAUUAAUUUAGAUUCCAUUCAUUUCCUCGGCAUUCCUUACAGAAACAUUUUCUUAGCCCUUUGUUUUGCAUUCUGAAAAUAACCCUGUCAGUCACUACCUGCCUUAAUUUUUUUUUAAAACCAGUUUUUGCAUGCACUGCCAAACAUGCCAUUUUGUAAUCCAUUCAGGGAACACUUUAUAAAGUUGUUAUAAAUUCUGACAGGAAGUUAUCAGCCUGCUUGAUGCUGACAGGCAAAUAAGCCUAUAAAUCACUAUUUAAACUGGGGUUACAUCGUGAAAAUUAAUGGAAUUAUGCCCCUGGGUCUACUAAACAACUUUUUCUCUCUUUUCGUUAAUUCCAUCUUAUACUAUAUUUGUGGAUUUAAGCCUCAGAAAGACAUGAUUGCACUAAAACAUCUGGCUUGAUUAUCAUGCUUAUUGGGAAAACCUUUGGCAUGAUACUGAUUAGACCACAAGAUUUUUUUCCUCAGUCCAGGAUUCUUUAUUCCUAUUGAGUCAAACAGAGAGUGCACUGAAUGCAAGUUGAAGACAUCUGUUGUCAAUCAGCCUCUUAUGACACAGUUUCAUCCCCAUAUGCAUAACAAUUAUCUUAUGGAGAAUUGUUUUUUAUCCUUAGGUAAUUCUGAGCUCCAGAAUACCGAAAACUAUCUGAACCAGUCUGUCUCUGUCAAAAUGUUGUAGCAGUUAAGCAACACAUUGAAGGCUGAUUUGUAGCUCGUAUUAGUUGUUGGAGGUGGGUAGGAAGGGGGCGUGGGGGGACAAUUGGUUCAAGCAAAUAUUGAUCUGGCAUCCUAAAGGUGCAACAGUUUACAAGAGCCAUAAAGCAUCUAGAACGCUAUUUGUUUGGGCCCAAAAUGCCACAACUGUAUAGCACUUAUACCUUCCCAAAUCUGCUGUAAUGGGGAUGAUACCAUGAGUCACUCAAAAACCUGCUUGCCCAAUGCAAUCAAACAUUCUUUGCUGGGACAUUAAGUGCACGGUUACUCUUCUCUGAUCUGUUAGACAAUAAACUAAAAAGAUUCGUUCUUGAUGUUCCAGCAAGUUGACACUGGGAAUAAAGAGCUUUUUCUGGUCCUGUGGACUAAUUCUAAGCCAAAUGAAUAUAUGUAAAACCACAUAUAACUAUUAGCAUUUAUUUUAAACCUAAAUCUGACCCUACGGUUUUUAUUUCUUGAGGAUAAGGAAAGCAGAGAAACCUCUUAAGACGGAUGCAAAAAAAACCUAACUCUUUAAUUUCCUUCUCUGGAGAAGGUACAUUUUGCAGAAUUCUGUAGCUGCUCCCUCCUUUCCUCAAUGAGCUUGAAAAUAAAUGAACUGUCUUUGCCCAAAGAUUCCCAGCUGCACAAGGUGGUAUUAAAGUUGUGUCAAUGAUUGUGUGUCGAUGUAUAUUCUAUAAAAAGGUACUUGUCAUUCCCGUUUGUAAACUACAUUGACAUUAAUUAAAUGAAUAUAAAAGCUUCCAA